UGGUUGUUGUUUGACCACCAUGUCAAGCAGAGCAGGUGGCCUGUAUGGCGGCAUCCAAUUCUCCACUGGCGCAACCUUCAGCCUUUCUUCGUCAUCUACAUCCGCUCCGCCUGCAGCACCAACACCUGCAUUCAAAGCAGAGAAAGUCGAAACUCCUGCAGCUCUAGAGGCUGUUUCAGCACCAGCAUCAAGUAAUACAAGCAACGAUGGAAUCAAGGCAGAGGAUGGAAGUAUUGGAGGAACAGAAUCUGGGUCUAUAGGAAAGCUUUCAGCCGGGUGGUCCGCUGCGCUUGCGUUUGCCCCCGUUCGUCGUGCGCCAGCAAAACCCAAGCCCGCUUUAACCCGCCUUCCCAUGGGUGCCAAGGCCCUACCCACUCCUGCAAUGGCUACAAUUUCCGCUGCCACGCAAGCUUCGGGCCUUUCCGCAACAGCCGUCGUCUUCGCUCCGCCAGAAUUGGUAACUACGGAUCAACAAGAAGAAGUCAAGGACGACGCCGCCCAGAAGGACUCCGCAUGGCGCAAAAAGGAAGGCUGGGGCAAGAAAGUCAAACCUCCAUCCAUGAUACUCGAUGAAGAUAUCAACGGCUUUAAGGCCCAGCACAAACGCAGGGCCGGCGGAGGGGGCGGUGGAAGGAAGGGGAGGAAGAAUAAGAAUGCCCCAGCUGUGGCGGUAUGGGAUCCGUUGGAACCUUACGACACCCUCAAGCCAAAUGACUACAACGAAUAUAAAAUAUGGAAGCAACGUGACCGCGUCGAGCGGGCGUCCGAACGUGCGGCUGAAAGGAAGCGUGCUCGCGAGGCUCUCGACAGAGGAAGUGAUCACACAGGUAGCGACAGUGAAGGCGAACCUCCCAAAAAGAGUGGGAGAUUUGACAACGGGUCUUUUGAUAAGUGGUCUCGUGCGGAUGACGAACGUCCUCGUGGACUCGGCGCCUCCAACACUCCCGCAAUUCAAAUGGAUCGCAAUAUGUCAGGGGAAGAGGCCUUUCAGCGACGGCUUGCAAUGUCUGCUGGUGCUGCUGUUCGAGUACCGUCACCGACCCCUGCCCCUGUUAACCAUAACCUGUCCGGUGAGGACGCCUAUCAGCGCCGCCUUGCCAUCUCUUCGGGAGGUAACCGUCCGCCCACGUUCUCUGCAUCCGCUUCGCCUCUCCGUCAACCGUCACCGGCCGCCGAUGAUGAGGGCAGCAUCCCCGGACUGUCAUCCAAUAUUCAGCCGUCUAUUCCUCAAAACCGUGAGGAAACAGGGGAAGAAGCAUAUCUACGUCGCCAAGCAAUGUCAUCUAAGCUGCGUCCUACAGCUUUGCCUUUUGAGCCAUCAGGCCAGCCACCUGCUCCUGUAACACAGCCGCCGCAACUAGUAACGCCUGUGCCUCCACCACGUUCUCCCCCUCCAUUGGCAUACAACCCCUUCGCACCGCCGGCGAAUAUUCCGCCGCCGCCACCUCCCCCAACAUCUCAAAUACCAACCACGUUUGAAGACAGGGUCAAGGCCGCUGCAAGUAUCGCAGCACGCCUUAGUGCGCUUGCCGCGACUGCAGGUGGGUCGGGCCCAGCAUCAAGUUUACCUGGUCCACCACCGCAAGAUGACGCUCAAACACGUCCUGAUCCGCAGGGUUUUGCAGCUCGUUUUAUGGCUAAGUUGGGGCACAAGGAAGGUCAAGGUCUGGGUGCCGACGGGAGCGGCAUUGUAAAUGCCCUCACAGUCGAGCAAGUCGCUGCACAAGGCAAAGGCAAGAAGAAGGGUCAAAAUCAACCGCAGGGCCAAGCCAAAGCCAAACCAGCUAUGGGUUCAAAGAUGGGUCGAAUCAUCAAUGACAAUGAGGACGCGAAGGGUCGUGAAGACCGUUUAAGGUUUGGAGAGUCCAGUCGUGUGGUAGUGCUAACCAAUAUGGUUGGACCGGAAGAUGUGGACGAUGGCGAUCUGAGAGAUGAAAUUGGUGAGGAGUGUUCGAAAAAUGGAACCGUCGAGCGAGUUAUUGUACAUCUGACCAACCCCCCGCCGGCGGAGCCAGAGGAAUCUGUCCGCAUAUUCGUAUUGUUUGCGGGCCCCUCUGGUGCGUGGAAGACCGUGAGGGAGUUGGAUGGCAGGUAUUUUGGAGGGAGGGCUGUGCGGGCAAGAUAUUUUUCGGAAGCUGCUUUCUCCCGGCAUGAUUUGGAUGUUCCAAUCGCGUGAUUUAGUUGCAUUUGUAUGGUUGGUCGAUUUUGGUUUAUUUAAAAGAUUCGAAGGUGCCCUGAUGAUAACACUGAUAAGUAUCCUGUACCACCGGAAUCAUG